AUGAAUUCGAGAGCUGAGUUGAACAUUGGUUUUAAGGUGAGUUGUGCUAUUGUACAGAGGCUUUUACUAGAAACUAGAUGCUUCAAUUGAUUGGUGUGAAAACUGAAUUCUGUGUUUUUCAGGUCGGUAUGAUCGUCGUGGGUGUGUUACUUAUUGCUUGGUUUCACUGUGUUAGUUCAAGUCGUUAGGUGAGUUUUUGGGACUGAAUCUAUAGAAGAAGGCACAAACACAUUGUGUGCGAAUGCAGUAAUUCACGAAAUAAAAAAAACGUUUUUUUAACGUUAAAAAAACCAAAAAAGUGAUUCACGAACGGUAUUUUUAUUCACUUUUUUACCAUUUUCUCAACACUUUCCCAACUCAGUAAAGUGAAGCUUAAACGCAUUUUAGUGUUUGAAAAUGCUAUUUCAAGACCUUCUAAUCAGAUCAGCCUAAAAGACAAAUCAAGUCUCACAUCUCCUAAAGAAUGAAAUUGGUGAUUUUCGAAAAAUUUCGAAAAUCAACAAUUUACUUUUGAAGAUUCGAUUUGUCCUCCAGGCUCAUUGAAAGGGAGAUGCCGUUUCUAAACACAAAAAUGCGUUUUGACUUCACUUUAUUCAGUUGGGAAUGUGUUAAGAAAAUGGUAAAAAAAUGAAUAAAAAUACCGUUCGUGAAUCACUUUUUUGUUUUUUUUACGUUAAAAAACGUUUAAAUAACGUUUUUUAUUUCGUGAAUUACUGUAUUAGCAAUAUUUUUCAGAGAAGCAGUUGUCUACAAAGAUCUUUCGAAAGGACUUGAGAAAACAACAGGUUGGAAGUGGAGUGAGCGAGGAAGCCACAAUUGCUCCAGCAUUUUUCAUGCCAUUUGUGACUGGCACAAUUGCACUUGUCUUCAUCUGUCUCCAGAAGCAAGUUUGGUGUUUGCUGGAUUUGUUGCUUUCAAAUAUUAUCCAAAUCGUGCUCCUGGUGGAAAUGAGAAAACAAUUGAGGAGAACCCUUCAAGAUGCCUAA